AGCCCUAACUCCUUGACUCUAACGCCACGCCACGCCACGCCACGCCACGCCACCACCACCAACAGUGUCUCCACCACCUCCUCCUCCGUUCGGACUCCGCCCCCUUUUUCCACACACUCUGUCUUCGCCUCUUCCUCCGGCAUCAUCACUCUGCCGCUCCUCGAGAGGAAUCCACGGCAGCUUGAGGUCUCUUCCGCGCAAUUGGAAUCUACCUUCCUCUAAAACUGACUAAUUAUUCCUCUUGCCUAUUUAUAUUCUUGCUGGCUUGCUGCUUAGUCUUCUACUUAUUGGCAUUUAGGUCAGCUGCUUGAUCUUUAUGGGGGAAACCUAGUGGUUAGUAUGUAUUCAAAGCGUUCUUCUCAAGAUGAUGGUCCUGAUUCUAAGCCAGUUCGCACAAGUGAUAGGCUUCGCAGAAGGCCAAAAUUGUACGGUCGGCCAUAUUUGUACUAUACUCCAACCAUUAUUCGUCCUAAGAGAAGGAAGACAAAAACAAAGACAGCUUCUCAGAUUGCAAAGAUGCUACGCCCUGGAAAUCGCCCAGUACACACAUCAAAUGCAGAUUCAGUUGUGAGCAACCUUCGGCGCUCUACUAGAAAGAGGAGGGUUUCCGUAAAUCUAGAAGAUUACACCAACAGCUCUGGCACGGAGGAUAAUGACCUGAUGAGUCCCAAGUAUCGAAGUCCCAAGUUCCGGAGUUCUAGAAACCAUAUUGAUCGUGAGAAUGGAAGUCAAGAUGAAUUAGUGCCUCGCCGUGAAGGAUUGAGACCUCGUCGGGAAGGACUACGACCUCGUCAUGCAAGAAGAGUUGCGAGGGCACGAUUAGAUUUGGAGUCUGACGAUGAUGAAGAUAUGUCUGAUGAAAACGUUGCAGCCGAUGAACAAGAGAAUGGAAAUGAUAUAGAGGGUAAUGAAGCUGAUGAUGGUGAGGGUGAGGAUGAUGGUGGUGGUGAAGGUGAUGGGGAAGAUGAGGGUGAAGAUGAAGGGGAGGAUGAUGGCGAUGAUGAAGAGGGUGAAGAACAGGAAGGUAGAAGACGAUACGAUCUUCGUAAUCGUGCAGAAGUUCGUAGGCUCUCCAUUGAGGAGGGAAAACAAAGGCCAAGAUCCCCCCGGAGGGUGCUUCAGCAAGGAAUGGGGACCAAGGUUAGCAGGGAUGUAAGAAGGGGCGGGUCUCGAGUUCAUAAGCGGCAUCGCAUAACCAGAGCUGAAGACUCUGAUGAUUCCCUUCUUGUAGAUGAGUUGGAUCAAGGUCCUCCUAUUCCUUGGGGAAGAGGUGGGAACAGAUCUGGACCACCUUGGCUUUUUGGGGGCCUAGACAUGCAUGGGGCAGCAGCAUGGGGUUUGAAUGUUGCUGCUUCUGGGUGGGGACAUCAAAAUGAAUCUCUUGCUAGUUUAACUUCUGGUGUUCAAACUGCUGGGCCAAGUUCAAAGGGUGGUGCGGAUAUUCAACCUUUACAAGUUGAUGAGAGUGUAAGUUUUGAGGACAUAGGUGGACUUUCUGAAUAUAUUGAUGCUUUAAAAGAAAUGGUGUUUUUCCCUCUGCUCUAUCCUGAUUUCUUUGCAAGUUACAACAUCACUCCUCCAAGAGGAGUCUUGUUAUGUGGUCCUCCUGGAACCGGGAAAACACUGAUUGCCAGAGCAUUAGCUUGUGCUGCGUCAAAGGCUGGGCAGAAAGUCAGCUUUUACAUGCGAAAAGGUGCUGAUGUGCUCAGCAAAUGGGUUGGGGAAGCUGAAAGACAAUUGAAACUUUUAUUUGAAGAAGCUCAAAAGAAUCAACCUUCUAUCAUUUUCUUUGAUGAGAUAGACGGUCUUGCUCCUGUUAGGUCUAGCAAACAGGAGCAAAUUCAUAAUUCCAUAGUGUCAACAUUGCUUGCUUUGAUGGAUGGCCUUGAUUCCAGGGGUCAGGUAGUUUUGAUUGGAGCAACAAACAGGGUCGAUGCUAUUGAUGGAGCUUUGCGUCGGCCUGGAAGAUUUGACCGUGAAUUUAAUUUUCCAUUGCCUGGUUGUGAGGCACGUGCUGAAAUUUUGGACAUCCACACCCGAAAGUGGAAACAUCCUCCUUCAAAGGAGCUAAAGUUGGAGCUUGCAGCUAGUUGUGUUGGAUAUUGUGGGGCUGACUUAAAGGCCUUGUGCACUGAAGCCGCUAUUCGUGCUUUCCGUGAAAAAUAUCCUCAAGUUUACACUAGUGAUGACAAGUUCUUAAUAGAUGUUGACUCAGUAAAGGUUGAGAAAUAUCAUUUUGUAGAAGCCAUGUCAACUAUCACUCCAGCAGCUCACAGAGGCUCCAUUGUGCAUUCUCGGCCAUUAUCUUCAGUUGUUGCACCGUGUCUUUUAGGAGGGCUCCAAAAAGUCAUGACUAUUAUCUCAGAUAUCUUCCCUGCUCUUGCAGUUUCAUCAGAAGUGACCAAGGUUUCCAUGCUUUCGUACGGUUCUGUAAUUCCUCUUGUCUACAGGCCCCGACUUCUAUUACAUGGUCAUGAAGGUGUUGGGAUGGACCACCUAGGACCAGCAGUAUUACAUGAACUGGAAAAGUUUCCUGUUCAUUCGCUUGGACUUCCCUCACUUCUUUCUGAUCCUGGUGCAAAAACACCAGAGGAGGCACUUGUUCACAUCUUUGGUGAAGCAAGGAGAACAACACCAUCAAUUCUCUAUCUACCGCAGUUCCAUCUGUGGUGGGAAAAUGCACAUGAACAACUUAGAGCUGUUCUGAUAACACUGUUGGAAGAACUGCCCUCAGACUUACCCAUUUUGUUGUUUGGAACUACCUUGAUGUCACUCGAUGAGCUUGGUGGAGAUUCUAUUAAAGUUUUUCCUCAUCACAAUGUCCUGCAUUUAAGUGGACCAUCCACUGAAGAUAGAUCUCUGUUUUUCGACCGCCUGAUUAAAGCUGCCUUGUCAAUCCAAUUGGAGGAUGUGGCGAAUAAAUCCCGUAGAUCUGAGUCCCUUCCUGAACUUCCAAAGGCACCAAAAGUGGCUACUGGACCAAAGGCCUCUGAGUUAAAGGCCAAAGCAGAAACGCAGGGACAUGCUCUUCGCCGACUACGGAUGUGUCUACGUGAUAUCUGUAACAGAAUUCUGUAUGAUAAGCGUUUUAGUGCCUUCCAUUAUCCGGUUAUGGAUGAGGAUGCACCAAACUAUCGUUCAAUCAUCCAGAACCCUAUGGACAUGGCAACGUUGCUGCAGCGUGUGGACAGUGGAAAGUACAUAACUUGUAAAGCAUUUUUGGAGGAUUUCGACCUCAUUUUGACCAAUGCCAAGAAGUACAAUGGAGAUGAUUACAAUGGGGCCAGGAUCGUCAGCCGAGCUUAUGAACUUCGAGAUGCAGUGCAUGGGAUGCUAUCUCAAAUGGAUCCUGCACUGGUUUCAUUCUGUGAGAAAAUUGCUGACGAGGGGGGUCCAUUGCCCAUACCUGAUGAUUUUGUGGACUCUGCUUUGCCUCAAACUCCUGUUGUACAGAUGAGUACUAUGACUAGAGCAAGUGCUCGCCUUAGAAAUGUGCAGCCUGACGUUAAUCUAGAUCAGAGCUAUGAAGCACUGAAAAAACCAAAGAAACAUGUUGAAUCUGUACAAAUAGAGGAGGGUCCUCUAGAUCCAGUAGUACCAAAGUCAUCUGAAGAAUAUGAAGCUGAUAGCUUGGAUCAGCAAAGGCCAGACAACCUGGUGACGGAUGGCACUCAGCAUGAAAGUUCGGAUCUUACCAGUGGGUGCACUUCCCAGCAAGAUGUUCCAAUGUUAGAUGGAGAAUUAUCCGAUAAAGUUGAGACCAUUAAGCAGCUUUUUAUAGAUCGUACAAAAGCCUGUGGCAUUCCACAGCUCGAAAGAUUAUAUACUCGGGUCAUGAAGGGUGUUUUUGAAACAAAAAAUGGUGUAGACGGUGAAGAUCUUCAGUCUUCAAUUUUGAGGUUUUUGAUGAAGUUUGCAGAGGAUGAGUCAAAUUUUUAAUGUAACUCAUUUUUCAGUAGGAAUCAAUUCUUUUUUCCUUUCA